UGUACCUCACGUGUCCUGGACUGUCUUUCUCACAUGACCCGUGUGUUUGUCCCCGUGAUCAGCACUUCCAUCUCCGUAUUUCAGUGUCGCUGAAUAUCACAUUUAAAUCGUUACCUUCAUGGAUAUGCUCGAACAGAGUUUGGACACCCCUACGAGUCACGAGAAACAGGAAACCGAGGAGGUAGUGCAAUUACAAGAAGGAGAGGGUGUCGGUGAGGAGGAGCAGACGGCGGUUACCAUAGCGAGUGUCCAGCAAGCAGCGGCAUUUGGAGACCACAAUGUUCAGUACCAGUUUCGCACAGAAAGCAGCGGCGGGCAGGCUGUUAUUCAGAAUCCCUUCAGUAAUGGGGGCAGCCCUGCAGGAGAGACAGUGGGCGGAGAGACGCGUUUCGCUUACUUCCCCGCGGCGACUGUCAGCGACGGCACGGCAACCGCGGUCUCUGUUCAAGCAACCGCCGACCCCGCGCUGUCACAGGCCGGAGGCCAGUUUUACGUCAUGAUGAGCCCCCCUGACGUGUUACAAACCGGCACCCCCCGCACCAUCGCACCACGUACACACACAUACUCCACGAAGAUGGAUGGACCGCGAGCGCCACGAGAUGAGAGAAGGAGAGCCCAACACAAUGAAGUGGAGAGGAGGAGAAGAGAUAAAAUCAACAACUGGAUUGUCACCCUGUCGAAAAUAAUCCCAGACUGCAGCAUGGACAGCAGCAAAACUGGAGCAAGUAAAGGCGGCAUCCUGUCGAAGGCGUGUGACUACAUCAGAGAGCUGAGACAGAACAACCAGAGACUGCAGGAGAGCUUUAAGGAGGUGGAGAGAAUACAAGUAGACAAUGAGCUGCUCAGACAACAGAUUGAAGACCUGAAGAAUGACAAUGCACUACUCAGAGCCCAGCUACAGCAACACGGCCUUGAAAUUAGUGAAACCACUCCCCAGUGAUGAAAACACACACACACACACACACACUCUCACUGAUCACUCUCACCCUCCAACUUACUGACACAGUAAUUCAGUAGAAUCCCUUGUAACACACACACA